CCCUCCCCUUCAUCAAGACUCUGACCCGAAGAAGAUCUUGGCCUCUGUGUGGAAGAAAUUUAUCUGUAUUUUAGGAUCUGUAGAAGCGGAUUUUUCGGACUAUGGUUCUGUUUUGACAGUGGGCUGUCACUCCGUUAUUGUGCUGCUGGUGAGAGAGUUCGGGGGGUUGAUUCGGCUUUAAAAAUGCCCAAGAAUUCGCGCUAUCUGAGCAGUGAAAGCCCGAGAUCGGAAUUAUCGGCUCUGAUGUGAAGUCCUAUCUCUCCGUUUUGUUUGUUUGUUUUUUUAAGAAGGGAAAUCAUUAGAAGAUAAGCAGCUUCUGGGGAAAAUAAACAGCGAAAAGACACAGAAUUUAGAACUGAGCAGCUCUGACAUUCGUGGUAUAUCUUAAAAAGACGGUGUCCUGAGACAUGGGGGCGUUUCUGGACAAACCGAAGACAGAGAAGCACAAUGCCCACGGUGCAGGAAACGGCCUGCGCUUCGGCCUCAGCAGCAUGCAGGGUUGGCGGGUGGAGAUGGAGGACGCACACACAGCCGUGGUAGGGCUUCCUCACGGCCUGGACGACUGGUCCUUUUUCGCCGUGUACGACGGCCACGCCGGCUCCCGGGUCGCCAACUACUGUUCUAAACACCUGCUAGAGCACAUCAUCACCAACAGCGAGGACUUCCAGCCCGGUCCCGACUCCGUAGAGGGCGUAAAAAGUGGCAUCCGCUCAGGCUUCCUGAAGAUCGACGAGUACAUGCGCAACUUCUCAGACCUGCGGAACGGCAUGGACCGCAGUGGCUCCACGGCAGUCGGCGUGCUGCUAUCGCCGGAACACCUCUACUUCAUCAACUGCGGGGACUCCCGGGCCGUGCUGAGCCGGGCCGCACAGGUGCGCUUCUCCACGCAGGACCACAAGCCCUGUAACCCACGCGAGAAGGAACGAAUCCAGAACGCUGGAGGCUCGGUAAUGAUCCAGAGGGUAAACGGAUCUCUCGCCGUGUCGCGCGCCCUGGGCGACUACGACUACAAGUGCGUGGAUGGAAAGGGACCCACAGAGCAGCUGGUGUCGCCCGAGCCGGAGGUAUACGAGAUCCCCAGAGUUCCAGAUGAAGACGAGUUUGUGGUUCUGGCCUGCGACGGGAUCUGGGACGUGAUGAGCAACGAGGAGCUGUGCGAGUUCGUGCGCUCUCGGCUUGAGGUGUGGGAGGACCUAGAGAAAGUCUGCAACUCUGUGGUGGACACGUGUCUACACAAGGGCAGUCGCGAUAACAUGAGUGUUGUGUUGGUGUGUUUCCCAAAUGCACCCAAAGUAUCAGAGGAAGCAGUAAAGAAAGAGGCAGAGUUGGACAAGUUCAUAGAGUCUCGUGUUGAAGAGAUCAUGGAGAAGUCCGGGGAGGAAGGUAUCCCCGACCUGGCCUACAUCAUGCGUACUCUCUCCGCUGAGAGCAUCUCAAAUUUACCGCCAGGAGGUGGCCUCGCCAGCAAGCGCAGCGUUGUGGAGGCAGUGUACAACAGGCUUAAUCCACAUAGAGAAGAAGAUGGGGACGACCAGGGAGGCGCGGCCGCCGCGGGCGAAGAAGAAGAAGGCAGUGCCGCCGCCCAUCUGCUGGAGGCGCUGCGCCAAUUCCGCCUCAGCAACCGGGGCGAGUAUCGCCACGUGCUGGAGCAAGCGCUGUCCGGCUACCGGCUGUCCUGUGAGCCAGGCGGCGCCCCGCGACCGAACCCUCAAGAGGAACCCGCCUCGCCCCCGCCGUCCCCUGCCACCGAGCCCCUCAACUCUGAGGAGGGCGCCAACGAGGCAGCCACGCCGCCAAUCGACGAGCUCUCUGAUCCCCCUGUUGCAUGACCUUUGCCCUCUUUAGUAACCGCCAUACCUUUAAACCCUUCUAUAUAUCCAGCUCACCAGCUUUCCUCUCUUUUCCCCCCCUCCCUCGCUCACAGCACUAGUCAGCUCCCUGAAUGUGGCACGGCUCCCUCCCAACACAGUUAACAGUUACGGUGCAGGUUUAUAUUAAAUAUUAUAUAUGACCACUUUCUUGUUUCUACAUUUAUUGUCCUUUUUUUUUUUUUUUUGCUGCACUGAGCAUAUAGGACUCUUUGUAGAUCUAUAAUUACAGACUGUAGUCGUGUAUCAGAGUGGAUCUGAUACAGCAGUGCUGCUGGAGUUUUUUAAACACCUCAGUGUCGCUGCUGUACUGAGAAUAGUCUACCAACAGCAUCCUGUGGGAUAAAAGACUAGAGUAUAGGGCUGCAACUAAUGAUUGAUUGUUCUGGUAGUCAACUAAUCUGGUGAUUAUUUUUGCGAUUAGUCAACGAUUAUCUCUGUCAUGUCUUUUGCCUCUGCUUGCUAUGGGUACUGCAACUGCAACAAUAUAAACAGCUGAACAUGAGAUUUAAAUGCCAUUUAAAUGUGCAGAACAAGUGCUGAUUAGGGCUGCAACUAAUGAUUAUUUUACUAAUUGACUAAUCAGAAGAUUAUUUAAUCAGUAAGUCGAUUAGUCAGCGAUUAUUUCUGCCGUGUCCUCCAUCUCUAAAAACAAUAGAAAGAGCUGAACAUGAGGUUUUAAAUCCCUUCAAAUGUGCAGAACAAGUGCUGAUUAGGGCUGCAACUAAUGCUUAUUUUAGUAAUUGACUGAUCUGGUGAUUAUUUUUUCGAUUAGUCGAUUAGUCAGCGAUUAUUUCUGCCAUGUCCUCCAUCUCUAAAAACAAUAGAAACAGCUGAACAUGAGAUUUAAAAGGCACUUUUGAAAACACAGACUACGGUUGAGUUGAGUGUAAACUGUGUGAAUGAGCCAUCUUCCAUUGCUCUUCUGUUCCCAGCACUUUGUGUAAUGCAGGACUCUUACAAAUUAACGAUUAGUCGACAACUAAAUUUAUAAUCGACAAAUUUAUUUAAUCGACAUUGUUGAUUAUAUCGACUAAUCAUUGCAGCCCUAGUGCUAAUAUUUAGUAAGUAAGUGUGUGAUCUGUUGUGUUCAGAAGGGCUGCAACGAUUAGUCGAUAUAAUCGACUAAUCGUUGAUUAAAAUUUUCAUUCUCGACUACUCGUUAAUUUGUAACCAUACUGCUUUGAGCAAACUACUGGGGACAGAAACUACUGGGAGAUGGGAGGUAAAUGGUUCACUCACACAGUAAGUACACUUAACUUAGUCUGUGAGUCUCCAAAAGUACACAAACAACACAACAGAUUACAUAUUUACUCACUAAAUAUCAGAACUUUUCACGUUUAAACCACAUCUACAUUAAGACAUUUAAAUGCAUUUUAAACCUUUAUGUCCAGCUGUUUCUAAACUUGUUGUUUCUUGUUUUUAAAGAUGGAGAAUAUAGCCGAAAUAAUCGCUGACUAAUCAACUAACCGAAAAAAUAUUUAGCGGAUUAGUCGACUACCAAAAUAAUCGUUAGUCGCAGCCCUAUGGUUCGGGCACUUUUGGAGAUGCAGGCCGAGGUAAGUGUUAACUUACUCCCAUUGUUGUGCUGCAAAUUAACGAUUAAUCGACAGUAAACAUCGUCGAUUAUAUCGACUAAUCGGUGCAGCCCUACUAGAGGAUGAGCAACACUGUAAACUGUGCAGCAACAGAUUCAGAGCUUCUGUCUCUGACUGUGUUGUACUUUAAAUACAAGGUUUUUCAGCUGUAGGUAGGAGUGUGUAAUAAAUAAAGUGGAGGAGCAGUGAGUAAGAGAUUAAACACAGUGUUUAAAAACUCCAGCAGCACGGCUGCAAUAUCUGAUCCACUCACUGUAACAGCAGCACAACAUACACUAACACCUCAUACACCACCACAACCAUGCUAAUCAAUGCUAAUUAAUUACUUCAGUGCUGAGAAUAAUAAUGACCCACCACCCAAAUAAUAUUAUUAAUAGCUGCUCUGUGGUGGUUUUCUCUGUUCUGUGAGGUUCUGAGUAUUGAAGAACAGGCAAAAAAAGAAAGUUUGCAUAGAAGCAGAUACAGGACUACAGUCUGGAAUUAAUAUAGAACUACAAAGUGUCCACAAAACCUCUUGUUUUGCAGGUAAACUCCUGUGAAACACUGUUAAACACAGCCGAUUAUAUCAAAUAUAAAAAAAAGAGUAAAAAAAACAAGACCUCUUGUAACUGAAAACCUGCCCUGUAACUGUAAAUGAUGUCAACCUUGGCAUAUCCCAGCACUGUCUGCAGCAGUCAGCGCUUUUCUGAUGCACAGCACUUAGUAUUGACCUACCUAGACCUUGUGGAGUCGUGGAGUCUGCUCGAUUUCUGGUGAGGAUAUUGUUUAAAAAUAGAUUUAUUUCAUUGGUAACCUGGAAGCAGCGGUUUCCUGAUAAGUGUGCAAAAAUAUUGUUUCAAAAACAGUGUUUCAAUCCGGUUUAUCAGUAUCUACUUAAAUAAAACGUUAAAAAAAAGCUAAAAUGCUUAAAAAUAUAAUACAAAAAUACUAUUACCACUAUUAUAUACCACUGCUAUAACAAUGUUAUUGAAAUAGACAAUCUGGGGGUUGCCAGAGACAUCACUGAUCUUGCUCUUGCUCUUGUUCUGCACACGCUAGCACUAGCAUUAACACUAGCACAUGCUGUUUGUCACGCAGUGCAUGUGUACCUUGCGUUUUGGGUUGUCUUUGGGGUGUAUGUGAGGGUGUGUGUGUGUGGUUGGAAUUGUAUGGCACUUUAAUGAUGCUAGAACUAUGUAUGUAUCUCUGUGUCUGUGUUCAUGUAUAAAGACACAAAUAUGAGACCGUGUUUUUGAACAGUGUCUCUGUCAGAAUCUGAUUAAUCAACGAUAUAAAUGGCUAAAGGUAGACGCGCCACUAAAAGAGAAAGCACAAAAAUGUCACCACACAGUGCGUAACAUUUUACUAUGUAAUUUCCCUGUUAUUUCCAAUGUCCUUCCAAUGUUCAUAUAAAAUGAAAUGUCGACCUGUUCCUGUGUGUUUCUCCUGCCCAAAUUUCAUAAUAGUGGGUCUUUAUGGAUCUUUAGCUCAGAGUGUAUGUCUUUUUUUUUUUUGUAAUUGCCACCCUCAGGUUUAGCUAACGGACCACCAGUAUAUAUGUAGGGCUGGGCGAUAUGUUAAAAAUGAAUGUGUAUUUAUUUUUAUAGAUAUUUUCAUGACACGCAAUAUACAAUAGUGCAUCUCAAAAAGUAGAAUGUCAUUGAAAAGUUAGUUUAUUCCACUAUUUCAGUUCAAAAUGUGAAAUUAUAUAUAUGUUAUAUAGAUGUAUACACACAGAGUGAUCUAUUUUAGGUGUCUCAGAAAAUUACAAUAUUAUAUAUGAACGAUUGGUUCUUUUUGCAGUGUGGGCAAUAUGCAAAGUCCUGCUGGAAAAUGAAAUCUGCUAGAUUUUCCGGGAAAACACAGUGGAUCAAUACCAGCAGAAGUCCUGUCUCUCCAAACCAUCACUGAUUGGUGGAAACUUCACACUAGACCUCGAGCAGUUUGGACUGUGCGUCUCUCCACUCUUCCUCCAGACUCUGCUCCCUCGAUUUACAAAUGAAAUGAAAAAUUUACUGAUGAUCAAUGAUGGUUUGGAGAGACAUGUCAUCUGCUGGUGUUGGUCCACUGUGUUUUCCUGGAAAAUCUUGCGGAUUUCAUUUUCCAGCAGGACUUGGCACACUGCUCACACUGGGUAAAAAGUACCCAUUGGUCUUAUAUAAUAUUCAAAUUUUCUGAGACACUUAAAAUAGAUCACUCUGUGUUUACAUCUAUAUAAUAUAUGAAUUUCACGUCUUGAACUGAAUCUAAAACUGAAACUAAGUCCAAAGUCAGUGCUGUUUUUUUUUUCCACAGCACUUCAUUCUUCCCUCUGCUAACACAUUUUGGAGAUGUGGAUUUCAUUUUCCUGCAGUAUUUGGCACACUGCGCAAAGUACCCAUUGGUCUUAUAUAAUAUUAACAUUUUCUGAGAUACUGAUUUUUGGGUUUUCAUUGGCUGUAAUCCAUAAUCAUCAACAAUUAAAUAAAAAAAACUCUUAAAAUUUGUCAAUCUGUGUGUAAUACAUCUAUAUAAUGAGUGUCACAUUUUGAACUGAAUUACUGAAAUAAAGUAACUUUUUAACGAUAUUCAAUCUGUAUACUGUUCCAGAAUCUCCAUUGCAAUUUGUGAAAAUGCUCAAAUAGUCAAAUCACAGAGUUUUCAACGUCUGGUCGUGAUAUAAUUUUUUUGCUGUUUUAAUACAAAAUUAAAUGAAAUUGUUUAUUUUAUUCCAAUAUUGGACUUUUUUCUAUUCAAAAUUCCAAAAAUCACAAUAUAUAUCGCAGAAAAAGAAUAUUGCAAUGUCAGUUUAUUCUAAUAUCAUCCAGCCUUAGUUUUAACACAGAACAAAAUGCAUCAGUAGUGGCAGAUUCUUAAAAAAAAAAAAAGACAAUUUAAAUACUCUCUCGUGCAUAGUGUACAGCAUAUCAUCCAAAUAAACAGCUCUAAUUACACAUCGUGAUACAAUAAAAUAAGGUCCUAUUGCCCAGCUCUAGGUAUAUGGUGGCUCUUUGGAUGUCUGUAUUCUGCAGAUUUUGCACAGAAACACUCAGCUUGUGAACAGGAUGCAGGAUGGUAUGUAGUCCUGACCACAGUGGUAAAGUGUCAUGCCCAAAGAUAAGAUAAUGAAGCUUCUCGUUUUUGAUGUUUCUUUUUGUUCUUGUUCUUCUUUUGUUUUGUUUUUUUGUUUGAUUUAAAAUGUUAAUCAGCAUACGAAGAGAGUGCAAAUUUUUGUGCAAAUUGUUUGUGCAAAACUGAUUUUGACAUUCGAUUUUGCAUUAAUUGAGCAUUAAACUGCUUGUGCACAUGUUUUGAGAGUUUAAAAAAAUGCUUGCUAAUGUUUGGUUGUUUAGAACCCCAUUGAUUUAAUGAGUUUUGGGGGAUUUUGAGCUCUUAGUAUUGCUUUAAAUAUUUUUUGCGAUUUUCUUUCUUAAUUUUGUUCUGUUAUUCAUAAGUCAGACAGAGUUCAGUAAUCCAUACAUUAUUAUUUUUAUGAUUUCAUGGUUUGGGUUGGAGCCUUAGCCAGACUUCUGAUGUCCAUCCUGAACAGUGUUUGUGUGUGUUCAGUUUUUGAUUCUUCUUUAAUGGGUUUAUUUGUUUUUGUUUUGAUGAUAUAAAAAAAUAAUAAUAAAUCUUAUUGAACAGUU